GCUAAAGCCAGCAAGAAAUCAACCAAAAACAGUUCAAUGUAUUGAACAGAAGCAGCACGACGACGACGAAAAUAAACACACACAAAAUAAUAGCUCUCGUCUUCUUUUUUUCCCUCCCCGUUCGUUGACUGAACCGAGAAAAAAAAACAAAGUACAAGGAGUGAAAAGAAACACGGGCACCGACAAAAUGCCAAAAUUGAGCGAUCAAUCGAGUGAACGGAGUAAUAAUACGGUGCGAAAACAUCAUCGCAUGCUGAUUGAUGGCUUCAGUAACUACGAAGAUGAUUCGUUGCCCGAUUACAGUGAAUUCGAUUCGGAAUCGGUUGUAUUAGACUAUCGCAGAGAAAGCCGAAGAUUUGUACAGCCCGCAAGAAUGUCUGCACCGAUGACAACAAUCGAAACGGUGACCAUAACGAGGCCAUUAAAGGUAAUCGCCUUCAUUUGUGGUAAUAUCGUUGUUAUCCUGCUGAUUAUGGCGCUAACGUCCACCGAUUGGCUAUUGUCAUCGGGCUGGCGUCAAGGUCUAUUCACACAUUGCAUCGAAGAUCUCACCCAGCCCAUACCGUUUAAUUAUGAAGCGAAAGAAGAAGGAUGCUACCCAAGCCGAGAUGUUUUUUACAUUAAAGCCACGGCCGGAUUGUGUAUACUCAGCCUGGUUACAGACGUGAUCGCCACCAUUUUAACGGGAAUUGGUUUACACACAAAAAAUCAAAACAUAAAGUACAAGUUCUAUCGAAGAGCUGUUCUGAUUAUGUUGGUAGCAUUAAUAGCUGUUCUAGUUGCGCUCAUCAUGUAUCCGCUCUGUUUCUCCGGCGAGCUAAGCCUGGGUAAUCGUCCAAUUUGGGAGUUUGGUUGGGCGUACGGUGUAUGUUGGGGUGCGGCUAUAUUUUUGUUUGGUGGUGUUAUUUUAUUGUUAUGCGAUAAAGAAUCGGAAGAGAUUUACUUUAAAGAACGUAAAAUCGUACACAAUACACAACUACAAACCUAGGCCAGAUCGCACGCCCUGCCACGAAACGCGUUGCCAGAUGUCGUUCUCUAAGCUGAGUUUUUUCUUUCAUUUUUUAUACAUAUAAAUUAUAUAGGAGAUAAGUAUCAACAAAAGAAAAAUCACUUGAAUUUGUUUAAGCAACAUCAGCAACAACAAACAUGAAAAAAAACUGCAACAAAUGACUGCGAAUUGUGAAAGAGACCGAAACUGAACACACUUUUGUACCAAUCCGCAAGAAAAUCAUACAUUAAUCACAGAAACAAUAAACCGAAUGAUGAUGACAGUUUUUUUUGUCUCUCGCACACACACACAUCUCACAAAAAAGGAAAUUAACCGGGAAAAACCAAACAACUCAUGCAUUAAACCGAUGAAUUCUUGACAAACUCAACUCAAACACGUACAACAACAAAAACCGAAAAUACUAAAAGAAUUAUUUCGUUAGAACUUUAGCUUCUAAAUUUAAAAUUAAGUUAUGAAAUUAUUGUGAGAGAGAGAGAUAUACAUACUUGCCACAUAAAAUUGAACUGAGUGUUUCAGUAGCUAAACACAUACACAAACACACACAAGAUAUAUAGUUAAAAAUGAAAAUGAAUCAAACGCGAUACUCGUCUAAACUGACUGUUUCACAUACAUUCGGAUACACAAGCCGUGCACCAGUACAUUUCGACAUAAUACUUUUCAAAAUGGAAUUACACUUUUUCGAUCGAUAUACAACAAUAUUUGAAUGACAAGCCGAAAUAUUAAGGAAAAAAAAAACAGAAGAAAAAUUAAAAUCGAAGCAAAACACAUUUUUAACGAAAAUCAAUUUUUAGAUGACAUUGAUAAACAACCACAAAAAAUGAUAGAAAUUAUAUAGGAAUAAAAUAUUUAAAAAAAAAAAUCAUCGAUUUUUUGCGUCAAACGUAAAAAAAUGCAUGAUGUACACGAAUUAUCACGUAUUUAGACAAUGGAAUGGACAAACCAAAUCGCAUUCGGCUUCUUUUUCAUAUUUAAUAGGUUUUGGAUUAGAUUUGUAUAUGUAGAUUGUAUCAGCGUUCGGUUUUUCCUUUCGCACACAUGGAAUUUAAUCUCUCUAUUUUGAAUAGAACUUUUCGUUGUUAUUAUUUAGUUGAAUUUUUUUUUUGAAUGGCCAAAACAUCCCCAAUUGCCAAUUUUCUCUAGUGAUUUAUUGUAUUGAGCCCUUGUUUUGUUUCAAAAUUCUUUAUUUAUUGAAUUUACUUUUUUGGGUAAAAAAAAACGUUUUUUUUUUCUUGUAUAUUGAAACUUUUAAAUUCUUUUUCGUAGAUUUUUAGUUUAUUUUGUACAAUCUGUUGACAAUUUAUGACACAAAGUCACCUGAACAUAUACAAAUUGAAAAAAAUAACGACUUGGAUCGAAGCAUUUGAAGAAAAUACCCAAAUUUCUCCGUAAAUAAUAAAACAUCCAAAAUUUGGAUUCCUAAUUUUAACAUUUAUAGAGGAACAUUUACAACCAGUGAUAAUUCUAAUGAAAUGAGUUGUUUAAUUGUGACAAACCAACCAUGAGAUGUGUGUUUAUCCAAAUUUUCACAUGAGAAAAUUUACAAGUCGGUUUUUCUUUUCAAGAAAACAUUAACUUAAUAUCCUCACUGACAAAAAUACUCAAACCAAAAUGACCUGAACAGCUAUUGGUUUUUGGCUCAAACAAAUUGGAAAUAAUUACGUUUAACAGUGAUUCAUUUUUUCAUGGAAAGUAGCGAUGCUUCUUAUGCACAUUGCAUCGAUGCAGAAAAAAAUCCAAUUGAUUUUCCAUAUUUUUCCAUCGAUUUGUUUUAAUUUUCAAACAAUUUUCCAAAAUUCCGAACUAAAAUACUUUUUUCUUAAAUUUUUCAAUUUCUUCACAAGUCCCUUGAAUCGCGAAAAAAAAUCUUUUAGAAAAAUCCAAACAUAUGCGGUCGAAAGAGACAUUGCGAGGGAAAUAGAAAAUUCUACUGAUUCUCAUGAUGGAAGAAUGGGAAAAAUUUGAAAUGGAAGUAUGCAAAUUGCUUUUCGAUUGGAGAAUAUUUAAAAAAAAAAUACACAAAGAUAGAAAAUCUAAGGCAAAUGAGGAAAAAAAUGUGGGAAUUCAAUGGAAAUCCAUUCAAUAAUUUUUUUUUCUUUUGGAAAAGAAAUUAAACCCAUCGUAAGGAAAUACAAAAUAAAAUUGCAUGAAAAAAGUGUUUCAUUUUUAUAUGACAAAUUAUAUCCGUAGAAAAUGCGAGCGCUCGUUGACCAUUUUAGGUUUGAUGAUCACCAUUUUUCGAUAUAAAAAAUGACCACUAUUCAAAAGUUGAAAUUGCCAAUUUGUUUGAGACCCAAAUGUAGAUAAUUGCAGCUAAGCAUAUAGCCGAAAAAAAAAACGGAUAAGAAAAAGUCAUAAAAGUGAAAUUUAGAGAGUCUAUAUGGAAAUUCAUAUCAAUCCCUUUUGACCAAGGUGCAAACCGUUUACCAUUGAACAUGACAAAUCCAAAAUGAAUAAAACAAAACAAAAUGUUUGCGGGUGAAAUGGACAAAUGACGUUUUCCAGACGACUGUCAAGUAAGUGUAUGACUCAGAAUCGGAGCUAGCACAGGAUCACCUCAAUUCUGGGCCAGAAUCAGUCGGAAGAUAAAAAUGGAUGCUAGGUUCAAUCAACUCAUUUUCUAGGGAACGUCGGAUAUUUCGAAAAUUUCCAUAUAUUCCAUUUUACGAAAUCUGGUGACCCAUUUUCUACCAGGCGUUCGAUUAUAAUCGAACUUUGAUUUUCAAUGGAAAAAUUUCCAUGCAAAAAAUCUGAAAGAAAAAAAAUUUAUUAAUUUUGCCAUCCAAUAGAAUUUUCCUUAAAAAUAUGAUCAACUUGGUAGCAAACGGCUUCAUCCCUAAAAUGUAGAUUUUCUACGUUCCUUAGAAAAUGAGUGCGCCGCCGGCAAAGGUCCAAAAUGAAAAUAUUGUCUAAAUAGCACAUAUCAAGCGAAUUUUCAAAAAAAAAAAAUCAUUUCACAUGUUGAUUAAGACAUAAGCGAAACAAAAAAAAGGAAUCGUUGACAUUUCUUCUUCCUUCAAAGCAGUUUUCACAAUUUCAUUUACAACCAAAAUGUAUAAGAAAAAACCAAUGAAAAUGGGCUAAAUCGAUUCGAUUUGGCCGAAAAGAAACUCAUCCGAUCGCAGUCAUGUUGGUCAAAAUCAUCCAUUCAGUCGACUUUCAUCAGUCAAUUACAGUUGGUAAUCAACUCACCCACAAAUCAUAAAGUUGUUUAAGAGAAACACACACGAAAUUCAGGUUGAAACAUAAUAUUUAGAUAUAUCGGUAGCCUUGGAAUUUGUUUUUGUCUGUUUCUCUCUCUUCCUGUUUUCUCUUUUUUUCUAUAUGAAAAAAAAUAUUGUGUCACCGAGAUGACAAAUUCGUCGCUAGUUAUGCUGCACACAUGCGUUAAACGUGUUAAUAUUUGCCGCCUCCUAUGUUUUGGAAAAUCAUUUCCAUGUUUUAUUUGUCACUCUUGACUUUAAGCCAAUAUUAAUUCUAUAUGAAGCUGUUUUUUUUAUGAUUUUCUUUUUUAAAACACAAAGUCAACCAUGCAUAUUGAAUAUAUUUGUACAUUUUAUUUAUUUAUCGCGUUAGAAUUGUUAUUGAUUAAGUGAAUACGUUAUAUGCACCGUUUUAUUGUGAGAGAAAUUUAUUCAGAGUGCAUCAUUUUAUGGUUUAACUUAUUUUUUCUCAUCUCUUUUGUUUGCUUCACCGACGCACAACGUCCGACCAAUUUGGAAUCUCCGUUUGAGCACCGAGUUUAUUUUCUACACGUUUUUCAUUCAAAAUUGUAUGAAAUUUGGAUUUUUUCGGUUUGAUUUAAUCAAACCUAUUUUGAUUUAUACGUUUUUUUUUUCUCCAACGAUAAUAAUCAUCCAAACUAAAAGGAGAUUUUUUUUAUGAAUUCCAUAACCAAUACCACAUAGAAUGUAUCCCCAAUUUUCUUCUGGCCAAAAAAAAACCAUUUAACAAUCAAAUCCAUAUUAUGAUAAUAGCAAACGUAUAUUUAAGUGGAACAUUUUGAGAAAGAAAACAAACCCAAAAAAUUUAACUUAACUAACAAUAACAAAACAACUAUAAUUUAUACCUAAAUUAUUAAUACGUAAGUGUAUGUAAUAUCGAAUAAAAAAAACUCAAUUAGAAACGAUCAACAAAUGAAUUCAAAAAGCAAAAAAAUGGUUCGCAUAUAGGCAGGAACGUGCGGAGUGGAAUAUUUAAUGAAAAAAAAAAACAAAUAACAAAACAAAAAUGAGAGGAAAAACAAACCCAACAACCAACAAAACCCAAUUUAAAUACAAAUGAAAGAAAAACAAACUACUAUUAAUUAAUGAAGAUUUAAAAUUUAAAAAAAAAACACACGAAAAAAUGAUGAAAAAAAUGACAACACAUUAAAUAAAAUGCACAUGUAUAAUUAGGAAUAAA